GCUUUGAGGCCUUUGAGCGUAUGACAAGUCUCUGAGCUCAUCAACACCUUGAUGGAGCCAUAACACGAAAAAUUGAUUGAUUGAGGCCUUUGAGCUAAGAUUAUCAAUGGUUUUAUAUAUUAGUUAACGUAUUGAUUAUAACUCUUUCUGUGAAUGAGUUCUACGGUAUAACAAUUAAAGCUUUUGUAAUAAUGGACAUACCGUUUCCUGAAACGACACCACGUUUCAUUGACUCUAAAUGGUUUAAUGCAGACACCCCUUGCGAUGAAGACGUAGACUUGACGGCUUUGGAGCAAUCAAACCAGAACUGGUUUAAAUUUAUUUCGUUGCAGUUAAGUAAUAUUGGGCAGCAGUACAAGGUCCGGGCGCAGCUGGGUAAGGCCGACCCGGAGCCCAUGGAGGAAUGUGAGUCUGAAGAGGAAGAGGAUUCAGUGCAAAUAGUGGAAGACUCAGACGAAGUAGAGGAGGAGCCAGAACCUCCAAACAUGAACCACGAUGUGGACCUGUUGCAAAUACACGAGGAUUCAAGCCAUGACGACGACGCAGGCAACGUCUACACCGAACAAGACACGCACAAAAUGCGAGACGACUCUGAUGACGAUUUAGAAUCGGACAACUCACCGCCGUCAACAGAAAACUGGGGUGAUGACGACCACAACGUUUGUUGUGGUGCUACCGCUGGAAACGACGAGUCUGACGAAUCAGAAGAAUCUCACGACGAGGACGAAGAGGAGGACCUGCAUCAGACCUAUCCGCCACCGCGGAACGAGCCACCGCAAACAAUGGACCUUACAGACUCCUCGGAACCCAACAUGUCGGACCAGAGUUCUCUGUGGCCGUAGCCGAGAAUUGACUCAUCCGGAUUUUUAUAAAGGACGAAAGAGUGUUAAGUUUAAGGGGCGAUUGCGGCAAUUCCGUUUCGGAACGGAUUUUUGUAGUUGAUGACAUGACUGCAUUACAGGCUAUGUACAUUGUCCAAGUUUACAUUGUCGAAAUAUUAACGCUCGCUAUAAUUAGCAUGCCGCUUACUAUGGCAUAUAUUUGCUUAUUACAGCGGCGGUAGCGUAGCGAUGUAGCAGCGUCUAGCAAAUUGGCUCGGAGCGUUUUUCCGUUGGUUUCGGAUCAGCGUGAGGCACUUACCAUUGUGGUCCAGUGUUCGAUUAGACUGCACGCUAUAGAGAAACGAUGAUGGUAAAUAAGUGGAUGUAAUUUAAAUUAAUUCCACGAAGGUAAUAUAUGUGUAGUAUCAUUCAUAUAAAACUGAGUUAGUGCACAGGUAAUUUACACUGAUUCGACAUUUUCGUUAAUUCGUCGGUUUCCAUCAAAGCGUUGAUUCCUCGAUUUCUAAAUUCGAUACUCAAAUCGACAGUUAACUAAUAAGUCACUUUCACUAACUGGUCAUUUCAUAAUCGCGUUUACACGAAGAAAAAAAUAGUAAAAUUUUGUCCAUAGGACGCUGUGGAGGCAAUGAGUCGAAGAAAAUGUCGAAUUAGGGAAAUUUACUAAUCAGAUAUUUGGGUUAUUCCUACCAGUGGUAACGACUGAGUUUUUUUCCCAUGUUUUACCAGUGGUAACAACUGAGAAAAAAAUCCCAGUAGUUACCAGCUCAGUUUGGUGGUAACCACUAGUAUACUAUAGUAUACUGGUAAAAGGUGGGAAACAAAUUCCACAAUAUUGUUCAAAUCCAUCAUUUACUAAAUUAGUUUCUUAGGCGUUGCCAGUUUUUAUAAAAAAAUGUUAAAUAUGUAAAUAAACCAAAGAUGAUAAAAGAAUCGUAGAUGGACGUGUUGAGUGACACUGAUUUAGACUGAAGAUUUUCAAAUCGUAUAAAUAUAUGCGUGACAAAACUGCGAGAUUUACAUAGUGAGUUUAUGUAACAUAAAUACUUUUACAGUACAUAUGGUGCUACUUUCCCGAACACGUGCGGGAAUGAGCACUUUCCGUGCAUAUGUCGAGCCAUAUGUACUGUAUAACGUUGUACGAUACACGUGCGAAAAGGAUUUCCUAUUUUCUGCACUUGUAUCGUAAUAGUACAUUAUGAUACAAGUGUGCUAAGUUGCUUACAGCUCGCGCGCACAAUAUCGCCUCGUGUGUAAUGACCAUAGCACACGCGUUUCAUAUGACGUUUUUCAACAUACUUGCGAGAAAAAAACAAAACUUAUAAAUUCGAUUUUUUUUGUCAAAACAUAAAAGUACAAUUUUCAGAGUGGAUGGAGGCUUACAGUUUUAACAUUGAAUAAUUGCACCAAAGCGUGCUGGGCUUGUAGGCACUUAUUCGCCAGUUCAUUGAAAUAAGCUACCAACACGUUUUCCAAGAAAGACUGGACGUUUUUGCUGAUUUUCCAUUGAAUAAAAGUUUCAUAUGCCGCCAAUUAAUGUUUACCAGAUUUUGAUGGUAAAAUGCUAUCGUUCUCCGCUCUUGCCUCUAUUAGUAUUACUGGCAGCGUCAAUUUUAUGUUUUUGAAAAUGUCAUUUUCGUCAAUAUAUAAACUAAAAACAUGCAAAACUAUUCCAAUUUUAUGACAAAUACGGGAAAUGGCUGGCAAGUUAUUUUUUUUACGCACGAUUCCAAUGCGCGCGCAAGGCAAAGGCGCGACCGAAAUCGACAAACAGCCAAUUAAAUAAAAUUGAAAAAGCUAUUUUUUUCGUAUUUCUAUUCGACGGAUAGAGAUCAAAUCGAUAAAAUGUUAUGUUUAUUAAUUAAUUUAAUUUACGAGAUAAUUAAAAUUUAAUCUAUAAAUUAUGUUUGGUGUGAUAAAACCUCUUUGAACUAACAUUUGAAACCUUAUAGUUUGUUAAAAAAAAUGUAUUACUCGGCCAAAUUAAGAAGGCUCCGUUUCCAUGCAUAUUAUUUGCAAUCAGUUACCUUCUUCACUCAGUCGGAUAAUAUAAUGAAAAAGCCCAAGUGUUAUAAUAUACUGAAAAAGCACGCGUGUGUAUCUAGGAUUAUGAGCCAAAAAUCGGUGGAAUAAAAACGUCGUUUUGAGCAAGUGUGUUGAGAAUAACUAUUUUGUAUUGUCAGUCAUUUUUUGAAUUCAGGAGACAAAGUUGAAUCAUUUUGUAGAUCUUUAAUCUGAACUAUUCCCCAUUGGAAAGAUCCUGUACUUUCUGUUUGUAUUUUUUAAACAAAAAAUAAAAUUUACAAGCGUU